GGGUGUGGCGACUCAAUGGACUUUUGUGUGUUUGUUGUCCACACUUGGAAUAAUGCUUUGUGUUGUGUUGUCGUGGCUCGUCGCUGGGGUGAAGGUGCUGCUCGUAUACCCUUCCCCUUCCUCACAUUUCACUUUUACAGCUCGGGAUGUGCCUCUUUUGUCCCGGACCGGGAAAAGCGUCGGCUUGGAGCCUAUGCUUGCUUCUGUUGGUGGAGAUUGUUUCUUAGAGGAGACAGUGGACAAAAGUUGAUUUAUUCCUCUUACAUCAGAAGGAGACAAAGUGGAGAAAAGUCUGUAUUUAUUCCUUUUAUAUCAGAAGGAGACAAAGUGGAGAAAAGUCUGUAUUUAUUCCUUUUAUAUCAGAAGGAGGGAAAGUGGAGAAAAGUCUGUAUUUAUUCCUCUUAUAUCAGAAGGAGACAAAGUGGAGAAAAGUCUGUAUUUAUUCCUUUUAUAUCAGAAGGAGGGAAAGUGGAGGAAAGUCUGUAUUUAUUCCUUUUAUAUCAGAAGGAGAGAAAGUGGAGAAAAGUGUGUAUUUAUUCCUCUUAUAUCAGAAGGAGGGAAAGUGGAGAAAAGUCUGUAUUUAUUCCUUUUAUAUCAGAAGGAGAGAAAGUGGAGGAAAGUGUAUUUAUUCCUCUUAUAUCAGAAGGAGAGAAAGUGGAGAAAAGUCUGUAUUUAUUCCUCUUAUAUCAGAAGGAGAGAAAGUGGAGGAAAGUGUAUUUAUUCCUCCCAUGCCGCCUCGUGACCUUCCCAAGUGAAUCUUGUGAUUGUUGUGCUGUUUUCCCAGCAUGAGAUGAUUUAUAGCCUCAUUGCUGAGGAACAUCUGGCAGGCUAACGGCUCCAAGCAAGCGCUUAUCGUGUCAACAGAUAAGAUGGGAUGGACGGCCUGAGCAGACCGGUGGACUUCUCAGCAGACUUGGCAGACCAGCAGGCGGAGUCCACGGGCAGACUGACGACCCUCCCGCCAAAGGGAACGGCGGGAUCAAAUCACAGGAACAUGGCCAGCGGCGGCGGCGGCGGGCCGGCCUUGGAGAAGAAUGUCUUCACUCAGAAGAGCAGCACCACGUACUUCACUUCAUCGUCCGUGGGCGUGAGCAGCAGCAGCUAUGGCUCCUCCCCGGGGGCUUACCUGGCAGGGGACACUGCCGGGGGAGGACACGAUGGCGUGGGUGGCUACCUGGAUGGGGAGGGCUACGCCGGCGGGAGCGGAGGCGGCUACGUGGUGAGCUCUGUGUCCAAGGUGGGCUCAUCGGGCGGCGGGAAGAGAGGCCAGGCUGCCGCCGUCUCUUCCUCUGACAGGAAGCACACGGCCAGCAUCCGCUCGGGGGGCUAUGAGGGGAGUUCCAGUGCUAAUUCCUCCCCGGACUUUGCACGCAAAGACUACGGGAUCUACUGCUCCAGCGGCACCAGAGGGAGAAGUGAGAGCAGAGAGAGCGAGAUCCGGGCCAGGUUGCAGAGCGCCUCUCCCACGGCCGGCAGAUGGGCGGAGCUAGACGACGUCAAGAAGCUACUGAAGGUCCGCUCCAGCAGCGCCAGCCCCACCCGCUCCUCCAGCACCUCGGCCAUCAUGGGUGGCCCUAAGCAGGCCAGUGUGGAGACCCAGACCAUCUCUGUGACUUCUAGGGCCUCUCAGUCAGUUUUGACGUUCGGUUCUGGCGUCACAAGGGAGGGUUUCCACGCGGUGGACACCAGCGGCCUGUGUGAACGUGAGCGCUUCGCUACGGUGGGGAAAAACAGCCAGUACGAGGGCAGCGUUCAGUCGGCACACUACAGUGAAGGAGGGAGACCAGGACUCUACGAUACCGGCGUCAGAUCAGCGACGUACGGCACAGCUGGGAGAUCGGGCCAGUACGAUAGUGGCGUAAGGUCGGUAUCGUAUGAUACUGCUUUGUGGUCAGGACAGUAUAACGACAGCAUCAAACCAGACACAGACCUGCCGCCCAUGACUGGCGCCGUGAGGUCCGCCCAGUAUGACGGCAGUCUGAGGUCGGGCCAGUACGAUACUGGUGUCAUAUCGUCCCAGUAUGAUGGCAGUCUGAGGUCGGGCCAGUACGAUACUGGUGUGAGAUCAAGCCAGUACAGUAUCAGUCAGAAGUCGGGCGUCCACGACUCCACGGUGAGGUCAGCGCGGUACGCUUCCUCCACGCUGGACGGCGUGGUGCCGUCUUUUCCCUGGCCCACCUCCACGCUGCCCUCCUCUGCCACCGCCACCAGCGCCGUGGCGGCGGGCGGCACCGGCGGCGGCUACACGUUACCCCAGGCCAAUGCCAACAACAUGGCGCCGGCUGGUAUCACGUCACCUUCACUAUCAGUUUAUGGCUUUCAGAACAAUUUGGCGCCAACAGGGGGCGGCGCCGGAAUGGCCGCCGGAAGCAACGCCAACGCCAACAUGGCAGGUUAUGGAGUUCAGAAAAAUAUGUCCGGCAUCGUCGGUGGUGGGGCGGCAACUGGAGUCUCGUCAGCGGCGAGAUCCCAGAAUGAGGACGCGUACAGAGACUACAUGUUCGUCAACUCGGACAAGGAGAAUCUAUCGGGAAAGAGGGAGACGGACACGCUGGUUUUGGCCAAAGACAGCGGCAAGCAGUUCAGCAGAACUACAGGAGGAGGUUCUCUGUCGGGUGAUUCCCUCCAGAAGGAGAAGCUCAUUACAAGCUUGAGUGACACGUCUCAGCUGAAGGCCGGAGCAGGAAAGGCCUACUAUGGAUCAUCAGGAGUUUUGAUGAAAGACAAAGCCACGCAUGCACAGAUUCGCAAAAAGGGUGGCGUCUUCGGGGGCGGAGGGUGGUGCUGCUGCUCGGAUGCUUGCUGCUCCUGGUGGAAAUGGCUGCUGGCCUUCCUCCUCCUCUUCUUGCUGCUGCUGGGACUCCUCUUUGGCCUCAUCGCCCUGGCCGAGGAUGUGAGGAAACUGAAGAACCGAGUGGCGACUCUGGAAUCCGAGACGGCGGUCGUGUCUGCUCGCACCAGUCAGCUGGCGGGGAGCGGCGGCAGCACCUUCGUGGACGCUGGCGGUCAACAAACGGACAUCUUCCUGGUCGGAGGGGGUGGUGGAGGCUCGGACGCAAGUUCUGGUGGUUCUGCUGGUGGACAAGGCAUUGGUGUGGGCGCUGGAGCCGGAGGUGGCGCCGACACCAGUGGUACCAGUGGCUCCAGCGGCAGUGCCGCCGCCAGUGGGACCGGCUCCAGUGGCGGCGCAGGCUCAGGUGGCACCAUGAGUGGCGCCGCUAGCGGCACAAGCGUCGGUGGGGGCUCCAGCUCCGGUCGCACUAUCGUCGUAAGUGGCAGUGGCGGUGGUGCCGGUGGUGUCGGUGGUGUCGGUGGUGUCGGUGGUGUCGGUGGUGCCGGUGGUGCCGGUGGUGCCGGUGGUGUCGGUGGUGUCGGUGGUGUCGGCUCCAGCGGCUCCAGCGGCGGUGCUAGCAGCAGCACAGGAGACACCAGAUUGAGCGGCGGUUCCUCCUCUGGCCACACUACCAGCUUCAGCGGCACACGUGUGACCAGCUUCGGUGGCGGUUCCAGCGGUUCCACUUUCACUAAUGGGUUCUGGGCCAGCGGUACCGGUGGCUCCAUUGACGCCGCUGCGCUUCAAAUGGCCAUCCAACGUAUGGUCAGAGCUGAAAUGCAGUCGCAGGCGUUCCAAGCUUUCCUGACGUCCGCCAUGCAAGGAGACCGAGGACUGCCUGGACCCAAAGGUGAUCCUGGUCAUCCUGGAAUUCCAGGUGUUCCUGGGGUGAUGGGUCACGAGGGCCCCCAAGGGCCAAAGGGCCACAAAGGAAGCCAGGGUGAGCACGGCUUGGAGGGUCCCCCGGGUCCACGGGGGCGUGAAGGUCCAUCAGGGCCCAGAGGUGAACCGGGGUUUGGAUCCAAAGGUGAAAAAGGUGAUCCCGGAUCAGUUGGCCAAAAAGGUGAACCUGGUCCGCUUGGUCUCGCUGGAGAGAAAGGAGCUAAGGGAUCCAUGGGACCAGCAGGACAAGAUGGCGCCAAAGGCUCCCGAGGUGAUCAAGGCGGUCCUGGACAGCCAGGACUUAGAGGCCCCGCUGGGCUGCGUGGAGAUGCCGGCCCUCCAGGAACUCCCGGGCUUCCAGGACCUCCAGGUGAAGCAGGAAGAAUUCUCAAUGCAGCUGGUCUCUCCACUGUGGGGAUCCCAGGGCCUCCUGGGCCUGUAGGACCUCCAGGUCCCAGUGGCCCUGCUGGUCUACCUGGUCCUAAAGGGGACAGGGGAGAGCGAGGAUUAACCGUGACCACAUCCGAGACCUUCAGCUCCAGCACAGCCCAGAGACAGUUUGCAUCAGGUGGUGUCUCACCUGGCCCACCCGGUCCACCUGGCCCACCCGGUCCACCUGGACGUCCAGGAGAUUCUAGGCAAGGACCUCAAGGACCUCAAGGACCACCGGGUCAACCAGGUUACGGGAGACCAGGACCCAAAGGAGAGAAAGGAGAUUCUGGUUUUGUAUCCAGCUCUGGAACCUACUAUACUGGACCACCAGGACCACCAGGACCACCUGGAGCAAAAGGAUCCACAGGUUCUCCUGGACCAAGAGGUUACCAAGGUGAACCAGGACAGCCCGGUUUGCCAGGAAGACCAGGAAGCCUGGAGAGAGUGUCAACCUACAGCGGAGAACAUCAAGUACAGGGACCUCCUGGACUGCCAGGGCCUCCUGGAUCGCCAGGACCACAGGGAGUCAAAGGUGACACCGGAGCUCCUGGCGUUCCUGGACCUUCCCGAGUCACCUCGGGGCCUCCAGGUCCGCCGGGUCCUCAAGGACCUCCAGGGCAGCCUGGUUCCUUGGCUUCAUCCAUGGAGAUGCGGCAAUACCUGACGGAUUACAUAAGUCGAAGCAGAGAGGCCGGUAUACCUGGACCUCCAGGCCCACCUGGACCACCAGGACAACCUGGAAUCUUCACGGGCUCCAUCGAAGAGAUCUCGGCUCGCAUUGUUGCCUACUUGCAACGUUCGAGUCCAAGCUCAGGGAUCAGCAUUGGAGUUCGGGGUCUUCCAGGACCACCUGGUCCCCCUGGACCCGGAGGGGCACUGACAAUCAGCGGUCUCAUUGCCAUGCUACAGAGAGACGAAGUGAGGAGGUACAUCAUAGGGCCACCAGGGCCCCAAGGACCACCUGGAGCACCCGGUGCAUCAGGAAGCAUUUCUAGCGUUUACAGUAUCGAGGAGGUGGCCACGUAUGUCUUCAACAUCAUGAACGACAGAGGAAUUGCUAGAGGCCCACCUGGACCACCGGGUCUCCCCGGGCCUCCAGGUGCCGGAGGCGCCGGCUACUCAACGGUGACAAUAGAUUACUCUGCACUGAUCAGAAAUCCAGACUUCCGUGCUUGGAUUAGUUCCGCAGCACACCAAGGUCCUACUGGUCCUCCAGGUGUUCCAGGGCAACCCGGUCCCCCCGGGCCUCAAGGACCACCAGGCGUCUCCACAGCCACCGUACUAGGAGCUGGCGGUCAUGGGUACAGCUUGGAGGAGCUUCAGCGUUACCUCCAAGGCUCUGGACUCAGAGGUCUUCCUGGCCCUCCAGGACCCCCGGGCCCACAAGGACCAGCCGGUAGCCACAGUGGGACCGUCUCUUACAGUGGAAGCGUCCCACGGGAGACCAUCCGUACGGAAGUUCACAACUAUCUCAGCACUGAGAGCGUUCGACGCACCUACACCGGACCCCCCGGGCCUCAGGGGCCGAGAGGUCUGAAGGGGGAACGCGGAGAGCCAGGUUACACCCAAAGACAUGGCCAGAGUCAGAGUGACUCUCGCUACGCCUCGCAGCAACACGAGAUGGAUGUCAGCAAGGUCAGCGACGGCACGGACUACACCAGCGUGGCCUUGAAGGUCACAGACUACAUCAAGAACCAAGGCCUCCUGCAGGAGUACCUUGUAGAAGGUCCAUGGAGGACUCAUGUGAGAGCGGUUCAAGGCCCGCCUGGCCCUCCGGGACCUCCUGGAGCUCCUGGCUUGAGUAGGGUCAUGGCUGCUUACAGCAAUGUCACUGCUGACCUCGUGGACUUCUUUAGAACUCAUGGCACCGUCCCCGGCCCGCCAGGAAGUCCGGGACCAAAAGGAGACAGGGGCUUUCCGGGACCCAAAGGAGACAAGGGUGAUCCAGGACGUCCAGGAUUACCAGGAAUUCCAGGAUCGUACACCAUCCAAAUUCCACACGGCGUACAAAGGAGAGCUACAGCAGCUGAGGUGGUUGGACAAAAGAAGCACGGCUGAAGCCUCCAGAGAAGCAAUGCAGUUUGAAGAUGAAACGCUUUUGUAGAAAUCAACAGCUUUGGCAUUCCUCACGAACCAAUGAGCUUGAUGCUGCUGCUGGUCAGUGAUGGAGGCGACACGGACGUGUUUCCAUGGCUGACAUUAACGCUCCUUUUGGCCUUUUAAAGAGAACAUAUUUUAGCGCGAUGUUUUUACUAUUUGAAGUAUUUACUGUAUUGAGGUCAAGUAGCGUUUGUUGUAUAAAGUAGAAUAAUGCGGCCAUGAAGCAAAUGAUCAUUUGAAAUGAAUGCAGUAUGUUAGCAAGUCCCACAGCCGUUAAUGGCUGAUCUGGAAACCAGUGGAAGGUUUUACUUUGAGAAUGUGUUUUUGUAUAUCUGCACACCGACUUCACCGUUUGAGAAAGAUACAAUUAUAAAUUGCUUGUUUGACUAUUAUUUGUGGUUUAUUUACAACAAAUAUGUCCAUUGACGGGUGGAAUACAUUUCAUCAGCAUAUUUUUCCACUGAGGUGGAUGGACAAUGAGACAAAAAACAUUCAAAUGUGUUAAAAAUAUAUAUCUAUGAUGACAGUUUGGGGAAAACUGAGAGCAUCAAACACUUUACAUAUGAUGGUAUAAAUAAUAAUUCUAGUCCAUCGUUACAACGAGCUAGUGCAAAUGAACGGAGACAUUUCUUUGAUAUGUGGAGCAUUCACUCACCAGCCGUCCGUUGAAGAACGCAGGAGCGGUCCAAAAGUGGACCAGCUUCGGACAUAUGAUUCAAGCACUGUAAUGGACGUCUAAAUGCAGACCCAAGUGAAAAAGGAGCACAGGAGGCACUAGAAAGAAUCCCUACGGAAGGUGGUACGACCUUCUGCAGACUCAACUAAUUCAGGACAUGUUUGAAACAAACCGAGAGGACUUUUGAGGCCUACGAGCCGGAGCUGUGCAGAUGUGGGAUGGGGUAGAACUUGGACACACGGCUCUGAGCUGUGGGGUUAAGGCAUUCCGACUCGCCGCUCAUCUGGAAGAAGACCUCCUGCUCCUGGAGCUUGCGUGUGAACUCCUCCUCUAGGGCCUGCAGGGGGCGGCAGAGACCAUGAGACCAAAAGUCAACUCGUGGUACGAGUACAGCAUACCAGCUCACCUUCUUCCUGGGCCUUAGCUUGUCCCUCCACUCCUUUAUCUCCUGGCUGUGCUCCUCAUCCAGUUCCUUCAGCUUCUGGGUCUCAUGCUCAAUGAGGAGGUGACAUUUCUCAUUCUGGAACAUGGAGGAGGAUUAUUACUGAGGCCCUGCAGGGCACUGCUGGACCAGUAACCCGAACCACGUGUGAGCACGCUUCCAUUCGGCAGAACUGGAGGCAGGAACAUUACAACAUUUGGAUACAUACACGAAGUUGGAGCUCAUACAUGAAGUAUGUGUGCAAUGAAUGUGACGCAGGUGUUGCGUUGGUGUUGAGGGGUCCUAAUCUUUGCCAUAUUGAACACUGUAAAAUGUGAACAUUGUACUAUGGUUAGUACUUAGUACAGUAGUGAGACUGCUUAGACGUGAUACAUACGUACAGUGCGCUCCAUAAGCAUUGGCACCCGAUGCUUAUUUUGGAGCCUGAGACGCUAGCAUUAUUCAACAGUGAGCUGUUACUUCGUUUUGCAUCCUCCUCAAAAUAAACAUGCAUCCUGGUCCAGGCGUGUUCACCACUUUCACGUGUUUGAACUUGCUGAUGGUUCCUCGGGUAACUUGAAUGCUGUGUUCCCAUCUUUAGAGGAUCGAAAUGGCUUUUGGUCACCUCAUAUUUACACCCCAAGGAAACGGGAAGUGGUGAAGGACUCAUGAAAUGCUCCUCCAUGUUCUCAACUGUAGAAAUGACACAAAUGCUCAUGUGACAUUUAAUGUGCCUAUCAUUGUGGGGCAGGUCUUUU